GGGCAAGGCUGGGCGUGCGCGGCGUGCGUCAGGCGAGCGCGGUGACUGGCGGAGACGCCAAGCCCGGAGGGCGCGCGGCGGGGGCGGCGGUGAUUGAUGCGCCUGCGAGCGGGCUGCGCGCGGGCCUGAUAAGAAGCUUGAAUGGGGCUGAUGUCACCGUGAUGGCGAGCGGGCGGCGCUCGAGCCGAGGAAGAGCCGUCUUGCUUCCCGGCCGCGGCGCGGCACGCCCCCUGCGCCUGCUGGCCGCUUCCCCGCGCCUCAACUUUUCGGCUCUGGCUCCGCGGGGAAGGCUCCAGGGGCUGGCCGCGCCGUAGCCCCUCGGCGUCCCGCGCGCCCUGCGUCGCUCCGCUCGGCUUUGUCCUCCUGGAAGCGGGAGUUUCCACCUCGGGCAGCCCUUUCCAAAAGUGCUAAAGGUUCCUUGCAUCUUUUCCACAAUGGUGGUGACACCCAGGACGCGACUGCUCUGCCUCUGGCUGCUAGCACUUACUGUUAGCGUGUGCUUGGCUCAAGAGACCCCUCCAGUAGGGUGUGGUAAGGACCUUCAGUCCAUCUACUACAACCUCUGUGACCUGUCAACAGCCUGGGGCAUCGUGUUGGAGGCCGUGGCCAGUUUUGGUGCCGUGACCAGCUUUGUCCUCACUGUUAUCUUGGUGGCCAGCACGCCUUUUGUCCAGGACCACAGGAAGAAGAGCUUAAUAGGGACUCAAGCUUUUUUUUUGUUGGGCACCUUUGGGCUGUUCUGCCUGACCUUUACCUUCAUCGUCAAGCAACAUUUUUCAACGUGUGCCUCACGACGUUUCCUCUUCGGCGUCCUCUUCGCUAUUUGUUUCUCUUGCCUGGUAGCCCAUUCCCUCAGCCUGAAUUUCCUCGCCCGACAGAACCACGGUCCCCGGGGGUGGGUUACCUUCGGUGUGGCUUUGCUCCUUGUAUUGGUUGAGGUGAUUAUCAAUGCUGAGUGGCUCAUUAUCACUGUCGUGAGAAACAGCGGCGCAUCCAACGACCCUUGCCUCGUGGACAAUGCCGAUUUCGUCAUGGCGCUCAUCUAUGUCAUGUUCUUGCAAGUGGCGAGCUUCGUUGCUGCUUGGCCUGUCUUGUGUGGGCGGUAUAAGCACUGGAGGAAGCAUGCUACCUUCAUCCUCCUCACCACUUCACUUUCUAUGGCCAUCUGGAUAGUGUGGAUCGUCAUGUAUAUUUACGGCAACAAGCAGGAAGGCAGGUUAUCUUGGGAUGACCCCACACUGGCCGUUGCUCUCGUCUCCAAUGCCUGUGUCUUUGUCUUUCUUUACGUCAUUCCUGAGAUUUCCCAGUUAAUCAGACCAGGGCCAGAGCAGGUCUACGAGGAUGAUGUCUACCCUACAAGGGGAGUUGGAUAUGAAACAAUCCUCAAGGAGCAGAAAUCCCAAAGCAUGUUUGUGGAGAACAAAGCCUUCUCGAUGGAUGAACCUUCUGCAGCUAAAAAACCUGUCUCCCCAUACAGUGGAUACAACGGGCAGCUUCUGACGAGCGUCUACCAGCCCACAGAGAUGGCUCUCAUGCACAAAGGGCCUACGGAGGGCACCUAUGAUGUAAUCCUUCCCCGUGCCACAGCCAACAGCCAAGUGAUGGGCAGUGCCAAUUCUACACUGCGUGCUGAGGAUGGCUAUCUUUCACAAAAGGAUGGAAAAAGUGGACAGGCCUCAUCUCCGUAUAGCAAGAGCAGAUGGUAAAAGCAUUCAUUUGGAUUUGGGCAGCCCAUUUCAGGAGGAGACUGUGCAAACUUUGCCUUCUUGAAGGAGCAUCUAAAGGGGCAGACCUCAGCAAAACAUUUGAGAUUUCGUCCUGGAAGAGACAAUGUUUUUCUCUCUGUUGUAUAACAUCCGAAGUGCUCUGCAUGGUCCCUGCUGUAGAAAAUCUGCGUCGCAGUGCUGGGAUACACCUGCUGUUUUUUAAUCUGGACAGUGGAGCUUCUGUUCUCUUUGGAGCUGUCAUUCAGGUUAUUCUUGGAGCUGUCAUUCAGGUUACUCUACAGUGCAGCUAGCCUUUGGGAGCUCUCCCUUUUUUUUACCCCUCGACUUGGAUGGACCAGGUUGACUCUGUUCUAAGUGUCUGGCCUUCUCCAGGAACCCUUUGUGCUUGUGCUGUAUGAGCAAGCCAUUGCUGGUAUGACAAGACCUCUCCUUGGUUGCAUCUCAGCCUCUUGGUGGAUUAUUGGGUGCCCCUGCUUUCCAUCUUGUUGCCAGGUCCCACAACGGAGACGUGUGCCAUUGCCGUUCUCUUGAAGGAGUUCCCACAGAUGCCAGUCACGCUAUGGAGACAUUCUGUCAUAUGCAGCAAGAACUUCGGUGCUCUUGACCUGAGCGGUGACAAGCUACCUGACAGCUUUUCUGCCCUGGAGAGUAACAGUGCUGUGCUGCUCCCCAAAUCCUAAUUUUCCUCUUGCCUGCUGCCUCCUUUACACAAAUUAAGGCAGCCUAUCAUUUCUCAGUGCAUGGAGUGGUGUUCUGAACAUCAGAGUAGGAAAUGGGGGAGGCUCUUUGUUAAUGAGAAGGCAACGUGCCAACAACUCUUGGUGAUGUAGACUCUGCUUUUGAACUAUUGAUGGCUUCUCAUGGACCAUCCAUUCAACAUGUUGGAUGUUGCAACUAAUGGUGUGUGUGUCGGGGUGGGGGGAGAGCUAUUGGUUGGGCAGAUUCAGAUGGUACAUAUUUGAUUCCAUGCAUCUGGGGAUUUUCCAAGCCCUCACAAUGUUUUCUGACUCAUCUAUAACACUUCCCCUGUUACUAGAUGUAUAAUCAAAAGGGCCACUUUAGCUCAGUGGACAGCAACAGUCCUUUGUCGCUCAAAGUCUUUCUAUGGAUAGGAAAUUCUCUGGGCAGCAGUGCUCAUGGACAUGGUAUCUGGGGUAUGUACCUGAUCAAUAGGAUGCUAACCCAGUGAAUACUUCCCUUUGGGCCUGCCAUUGCUACAAAUAUGCAGUGCAUAUCUCAGGAGGCACCUUAGCCUUCAAGGUGUCCUACUUCCCCCUGCUUGCCACAAUGUGCCAGUAGUUGGACUGUGGGCUAAACAUAGUCUAUGUGCUCAGUAUGCCCUCUUCUCCUCAAAUGAAUUGCUCAGCUUGCUCUCAUUGCAGAGAGGAGAGGAAAACUGCAGGAAACAAGGGGGGGAGGUGUAAGUACGUUGAAGCAAGCUUUGCAGAAAUGGAGUAAGAAAGGGCAGCACGCUCCUAGCCAUGCGUUUUCAUCAGUCCUGUUCUCGUCUCUGAGACUGGUGUAUGCAGUGCCUUUUGUAAACAAGCCUUCAUUUUCAAUUCUCCAGGCCAGGCAGGUUUUAUACACCGGGAAGGAGGAACGAUAUCCUGUCUCGAGACUCCUGCCUGUCUCUUUGUGCUUAGAAAUAUAAAGGGCCAGUUUACAGUCUCUGAACUGUGGCGAGUUGUGCACUGAGUCGUGUUUUUGUAUCCACUCUUGUUGAAAAGUUGUGUGCUUUUCUGCCAUGUGUGUGUAUGUAGCAUUUGGAUGAGAAAAUAUAGUUCAUGAAGUGU